CUGUAAAUUAACUUGACUUUGUGGCCUGCCCUAUGAUGUCAGAAUCACUCAUCCAUACUCAUUAUGGUUAUAAAAGUUGUCAUAUUGUAUUAAGUCAGGUGCAUUUGGCUCCAUUAAACAGAAUUGUUUCAAUGUCUGUCUUUCUAUACACUGUGCUUAUCUUUAUAUUUUAUACAAAGGCAGAGAAUCCUCUUUGUCAAAUGAUGGGAAAUCCUAAAUUUCCGCUGCUAUCUAAGGAUGGAGAUGUAAAUAUCGGAGCAAUUUUUUCAGUCCACAGCACAGAGAUAUUAACUUCAUUUACAUAUACACAAAAACCCCAGCUUCUAUCAUGUUCAAGUGUGAGUUUAAGAGAUUUUCGAAUGGUUCAGACCAUGAUUUAUGCCAUUGAGGAGAUUAAUAGAAGUUUAGGUUUGUUACCAAAUAUUACAGUUGGCUACCAAAUUUAUGAUGCAUGUGGUUCCAGACUGUCUGCUAUGAGUGCAACUAUGGCAUUGAUGAAUGGUCCAGAAUUUACAUGGAGAGACAGAUGCACUGGGCAGUCUCCUAUACAUGCUAUAAUAGGAGAAACAGAGUCUUCUGCUACAGUGAUUCUUUCCAGAACUACUGGACCUUUUAAAAUUCCGGUGAUAAGUCCCUCAGCCACGUGUGAAUGUCUCAGCAAUAGGAAAGAAUACCCCUCUUUCUUUCGAACUAUUGCUAGUGAUUACCACCAGAGCAGAGCACUUGCAUACAUAGUCAAGCAUUUUGGGUGGUCUUGGGUGGGAGCUGUGAACACGGAUAAUGACUAUGGAAACAAUGGAAUGACAACCUUUCUCAAUACAGCUCAGGAGGAAGGAAUUUGUGUGGAGUACUCUGUAAAAUUUUACCGAACAGAACCAGAAAAACUCCAAAAAGUUGUUGAGACAAUAAAGAAAGGAACCGCCAAAGUCAUUGUUGCAUUUCUUACCAGUUCUGAAAUGUACAAUCUACUUGAACAACUUAGUAUUCAGAACAUUACAGGUCUCCAAAUGAUUGGAGUCGAGGGAUGGAUAACUGCAAAGAGUUUAAUUACGCCAAACAGUUUUCAUGUGCUUGGAGGGUCGCUGGGAUUUGCUGUGAGAAAAACUGCUAUUGAAGGAUUUGCAGAUUAUGUCAUAAAAUCAUUCUGGGAAACAGCUUUUCCAUGCACAAUGACAAUUGGGAAUUCUUCCCAAUAUUCUUUAAGUUGUGGUAUAUAUCAGGAUCUACUGUUGCUAAAGAACUACAAUGAAGAUGUACCUGAACAAAGAUAUUCAACCAAUGUCUACAAAGCAGUAUAUGCUGUAGCUCAUUCACUACACAGUCUACUCAAAUGCAAAGAAGACGGCUGUAAAAAAGGUCUUGCAAUACAACCACAGCAGGUUGUUGGGGCUCUGAAAAAGAUUAAUUUCACACUUAAACUGGGAGAUAUUGUGUCAUUUGACAGCACUGGUGCCACAGUAGCCCAAUAUGAAGUUGUGAACUGGCAGAAGGAUGCAAAUGAAUCAAUUAAGUUUAAACCAAUUGGGUACUAUGAUGCCUCACUGCCUCCUCACCAGCGAUUUGUGCUUCACACUGAAAACAUAAUCUGGGCUGGAGGACAACUGGAUAGGCCCAGGUCUGUGUGCAGCGAGAGCUGUCCUCCAGGCUCUAGGAAGGCUGCUCAGAAAGGGAGGCCUGUCUGCUGUUAUGACUGUAUCCCAUGUGCAGAAGGAGAAAUAAGUAAUCAGACAGAUUCAAAUAACUGCAAACAAUGUCCAGGGGAAUAUUGGUCUAAUGCUGAGAAAAAUAAAUGUGUUUUAAAGGAUGUAGAAUUUCUGUCUUUCACAGAAAUUAUGGGUAUAGUUCUAGUCAUCUUCUCACUGUUUGGUGCAGUAUUAACUGCGCUAAUGGCCAUCCUGUUUUACCGUAAGAAAGACACUCCAAUAAUAAAGGCCAACAACUCAGAGCUGAGCUUCCUGUUGCUCUUCUCAUUGAUUCUAUGUUUUCUGUGUUCUCUUACUUUCAUUGGUCGCCCCACUGAGUGGUCCUGUAUGUUGCGUCACACUGCAUUUGGAAUCACUUUUGUCCUGUGUAUAUCCUGUGUUCUGGGGAAAACAAUAGUGGUGUUAAUGGCCUUCAAAGCUGCACUUCCAGGAAAUAAUAUCAUGAAGUGGUUUGGUCCUGUACAACAACGACUAAGUGUAUUUGCUUUGACACUUAUACAGGUUCUUAUAUGUGUGCUGUGGCUAACAAUGUCACCCCCAUUUCCCCACAAAAAUUUAAAAUAUUAUCAAGAAAAGAUUGUUCUUGAGUGCAAUUUGGGUUCUAAUAUAGGUUUCUGGGCUGUGCUUGGUUAUAUUGGCCUACUUGCUGUCUUGUGUUUUAUUCUUGCUUUUCUGGCUCGCAAACUGCCUGAUAACUUCAAUGAAGCCAAAUUUAUAACAUUCAGUAUGCUCAUAUUCUGUGCAGUAUGGAUCACAUUUAUUCCAGCUUAUGUCAGUCCUCCUGGGAAAUUUACUGUAGCUGUGGAGAUAUUUGCCAUAUUAGCCUCAAGUUUUGGUUUACUAUUCUGCAUUUUUGUACCUAAAUGUUACAUAAUCCUGUGUAAACCUGAAAAAAACACAAAGCAACAUCUGAUGGGAAAGGUUUUGAUGUAAACUAUAUUCAGAAAUUAAAAAAGAUAGUUAUAUCAACAUUACAAUGUUUUGUUUACAUUAGUUUACGCAGAUAAUUUAAAAGCCUUGAAACAUUUACAAAUAAACUGAAUUAAAGGGGA